AUGUCAGUCUCAUCCACAGAUACAGAUGAUUCUCAAACAGAAAAUGGAAGAAAUCACAGAUCAGGUUUUCCUGUCAGUCCUCUGAACUACAGCUGGAAAACAGCGCUCCAGUUCUGGUGCCUGACUGUCAUACUGUCUCUGGUGGGUUCGCGGGUGUCCUCUCUGAUUGUGCUGGAGUUUGUCCUUAGGGCUGUUUCUUCCUGGGCUUCACCAAGACUGGAUGCCACCAGCAGAGGUCCACAUCUGCUUCUGAUCCAGUGCCAGUUCUCUUUGGGUUGUGGCCUCACCUGCACUCUUAUUUUCCUCCAUGAGGGGGCUCCACAUAGUUCCCUCAGCUUGUUUCUAGCAGCUGCACUCAGCUGGGCACUGGCAGAUUACUGCCAUAGUCUGUGGAACCAUGCAGCCAGACUCUACCCCUUGCAUAGCUCACAGCGCUACUGUGGGAAGUGUAUCACCCUCCUGACCUCCGGACACACUAUACUGGCUUCACUUCAAAAAGUGGUUGUCUUGGCCUUUACUGUAGCAACUGUGGCCGGCACCGCUACAGUUUGUGACCACUUCCUCUCCCAGAAGGAUGCUUUGAAGUUUUGGACUCCUCUGACAUUAUGUUAUGCUAUGCUUGUGGUCUAUAUGCAAGAAGAGCAGGAUCGGCAGACCGUGGCAGAUGCUCUGUUAAACUCCGUAGUGCUGCGACUGGGAGCCUUAUUGGUGCUCAUGCUGUUGAUGGGCUACUGGUCCGAUGUUUUUCAAAUCCUCAUCAGUUUCCUGGGAGAAGCAGUCUGUUUGCUGCCCUGUCGGGACCUGCUGCAGCCCACACUGAAGGUCCAUCAGAUAUAUUUAAUUUCCUCAAUAACUUAUUUACUACAUUCAUUAACUCUGUCAUGAAGUGUAGGAGAUUACCAGCACCUGUUUGUUGAUUUGUUGUAUUGUUAGCCAGGAUCAUGCAAAAACAUAUGAACCAAUUUUAGUGAAACUUGGUAAAAGAGUGGGGCUUGGGCCAUCAAAUUUGGGUGAAGAUUCAACUCAACAA